AUGUCGGACGGCAUCAGCCCUGCACGACAUGUCUGUCUGUUACACCCAACUUACUAUAGCAUGCCCUUCCUAGACCUACCCCCAGACUAUACGACUACCGAUUCGCUCGCAUAUAAGCAAUGUCUACUGCAAGCAGUCGAGAUUGUGACCAAUAGCAGCGAGACACGCGAACGAAGUUCCACAAGACCUUCGUAUCUUUUUGACAGCAAGUUUGAUGUGAAUUUCAACGUGGAAGAGGGCUUUCGCGAGCACGCCAAGAAAAAGGCCAAGAAAGCUGCUGUGGCUGCUCAAAAGGCUAAGUGGGCAGAUAGCGAUGACGAGAAAAAUGAAGGAGCUGGAGGCGAGGAGAAUGGCGGAGGCGGAGGCGGAGGCGGAGGCGGAGACGGAGGUGGAAACUCUGCCGGCGGAGACGCUCCAGGAGGAGGCGAUGAAGGUGGAGGCGACGAUGACUGGUGGAACGACAGCGGCAACAAGAACGACAAAAAGAAGAAAAAGAAGCCCGCUUGGGAGGAGGCUGAGGAAGAGGAAGAAAAGCGAAAGCAAGAAGAGGAGGGUACUGCUAAUGCUGAUGCCGGUGCAGGCGCUGGCGAGGCAGAGCCUCUAGAUGACUGGGGAACCUUUGCUACUGUAGGCAAGAAAAAGAAAAACAAAAAAGGUGCGGCUGCUGCGUUUGAACCAGAGCCUGAACCCGAACCACCCCAACAGCCAGAACCAGAACCCGUGCCGGCUGGGGAUGUAGCAGCCGAUCAAGACUCGGGUGGCUUUACAACGAAGAAGUCGAAGAAGAAAACAGGCAGGAAUGCUGACCCAGAGCCCGCCAAAGACCCUGAGCCUGAGCCUGUCCCGAAUCCGCCACCCGCAAACGACGACUGGGGCACGUAUCCAACUGGUGGCAAAAAGAAGAAACAAACCAAGGGCAAGGAACCUGAGCCUGAGGUGAUCCCAGAGCCAGAGCCAGAGCCACCCAAAGAAGAACCCAAAGAGGAAGAAGAUGUUUGGGAGUCCUGGGGAAAGAAGGACAAGAAAUUGAAAAAGAAGGGCAAGGGCAAGAACGAUCCGGAGCCACCCAAGGACGAGAAGAGCGACAUGAAAUUUGACGACAUCAGCCUCAAUGAUGACAAGGCUGCACCGAAACUUGAUCUGGACUUCGGCAGCAGCAAAAAAGAUGCAGGUGCAGAAAAGUCGAGCGGCUUCAUCAGCUUUGGAAAUUGGGGAACGGGAUGGGGUGGAGGCGGUUCUGGAGGCGGUUCAUCGUGGGGUUUUGGGGCGGCUGACACUACCGCCACUACUGAAGCUCCAAAGGUAGACACCUCGAUCUCAACUGGCUGGGGCUUCGGCCGCUUCGGGGGCAGCAAGUCGAAGAAGGACGACAAAAAAACCACGUCCAGUGCGUUGAACUUCAGCUUCGACGACGAUAACGCCAUGGACAACCUCGACCUUGGCGUACCCACCGCCGAGAAGCCCAAGGCAGAGGCCGAAGAUCCAUGGUCAGUGAGUGCGAAAGAUAAGAAGAAACUCAAAAAGAAAGGUAUCAGCGCAACUGCAGAUCCAGAGGCCAUUGUUGAGGCUCCGGCGCCUCCACCGCCCGAGCCUGUUGCGCCGCCGCCUGCAGAAGACCCUCGGGGCGGGUUUACGAGCACGAAUAUGAGCGCGAAGGACCGCAAGAAGGCGAAGAAAGCCGGGAAGACCAGCAUGUGGGAUCCUGAGCCUGAACCAGUCGUGAUCGUCCCAGAGCCCGAGCCUGAACCACCGAAAGAGGAGAAAGAGGAAGAUGACCUCUGGUCUUCAUUUGGGAUGAAGAGCAAGAAAGCUGCGAAGGGCGUCGUGAAAGAGGAAGCACCUGCUCCUAAGCCGGAGUCUAAACCAGAGCCUGUUGUAGAAGCGCCAAAAGAGGACGAUGGAUUCGCAGGCUGGGGGAUUUCGACGAAGAAGGAUAAGAAGAAGAAAAAAGGCGCUUUCGAGUGUUCUGAAGAGCCCGCAGAGCCCGCCAUUGUCAAUGUGCCUCCACCUCCGCCUCCGGAGCCGGAACACCCCGCCAACGACUGGCUUGGUGGUGGAUGGGCCGACACGAGCACGAGCAAAAAGAAGAAGGGCAAGAAGGGCGUUGUCGAAGAGCCUGCGCCGCCUGCGCCGCCUUCCCCGCCCGUUGCACAUGCGCCCGCCGGUGAUACCGAUUGGUUUUCUGGUUGGGGUGCUAGCAAGGACAAGAAGAGCAAGAAGGGUGCCACUGCUUUGAUCGAGGCUGUGACUAAUCCGCCCGCUCCUGAAGAGCUCGAGCCUGAAGCUGUUGUUGAGCCGAAAGCAGACGACGACUGGACGAAUAGCUGGUCAACGGGCACUAAGAAAAAGGCCGGCAAGAAAGACAAGACAAAAGGCGUCGUUGAAGUUGUGGACCCGAGUCCUGGCGCGUCGGUCCUUCUUCCAGAAUCUGUUCAAGAGAAGUCUGCUGAGGAGGACCCCUGGUCUCCCUGGACGACUGGAACGAAAGCCAAGAAGAAGGGAGCUAAGAAAGAAUCCGCAUUUGUUCCAGCGCCAGACUCUGGUGAUGCUGGUCUCGAUGGAAACGCCGGAGCGGACUUGCUGGACAUAACUGAGCCGCCUGCUGAAGAUCCGUGGAGCUUCUCAACAACGUCGAAGAAGGACAAAAAAGCCAAGAAGGGUGCAAAGGCUGAACCUGAACCAAUCGUGGAAGUACCAAUCUCUUUGACCAAGACCAAGUCCAAGGACAGCAAGUCUAGUGCGAAAGCACCAGUUGACGACAUUCUUGACAUUGUCGAGAACAUCGAACCCGAGCCUGAACCCGAACCCAUCAAAGAAGAUCAGAAGGCUAAAAAGGAAGAAAAGUCUGGAAUGGGAAGCAGUUCCAAAAAGGAGACAUCAAAAGAGAAGAGAGCUCGCGAAGCGAAGGAGAAGAAAGAGAAAGAGGAGCGAGAGGCUGCUGAAGCAGCCGAAGCACAGCGCAAAGCAGAUGAAGAAGCAUUCGCUGCGGCACUUGGCGAAGAAAACGACCUCGACGACCUGUUGCUCGAGGAGCCAGCACCGCCGCCUCAACCCGCAGACAAAAAGAAAUCUUCCAAAGACGCAAAGGCGGACAAGAAGUCGUCCUCUAAAGAUACAAAACUGUCCAGAGUCGAGAGCAAGUCAAGCAAGAAAUCGGAGCCGAAGGAGGAACCUCCGAUCGUCGACAUCGUGCCCGAAGAGGAUCCAACGCUCUCAUUCGACGAGCCAAAGAAGGCAGACGGCUGGAGUUUCUGGGGUUCGUCACUCAAAUCUUCCAAAAAAGCCACACCCGUUGCGGACACGAGUAGUAAAAUUGCUCCCAACCCGUGGGCCAAUCAGGAUGCUUCGCUAAACACUGGUUUCUCGAAGACGCCAGAUAUUUCCUUUGACGACGAUGGAUUUGGCAUCACGGCAAUGUCGCCUCCCUCGAAGGCGGCAGGCAAAGACGCGUCGAAACUGAAGAGUUCCAAAGGCAACUCGAUACAAGAUCGCAUCAAGGCUUUGAACGCAGAACCAACGCCAAGUCCAGCUGUCACCAAGAGCGGGAAGUCAAAGAAGAUCGAUAGCUUGUGGACACCUGUUGCGCCAGCCCCGCCAGAACCGGAGAUCAUCCCGGAACCAGAGCCCGAGCCAGAACCAGUCGUCGUUGUUGAGGAGAAGAAAUCGAAGAAGAGUGACAAGAAGGCGAAGAAAACCAAGGAGCCAGAGAUCGCAUCACCGCCGCCGCCGCCGAUAUCACCGCUGCCUGGAGGGUUUCCAACUGACGAAUUCGCGGAAGACAUUCAGCCAGAACCUGAGAUGCCAGCCUCGCCGCCUGCGAAGAAGUCGAGCAAAGACAAGAAGACUUCAAGCAAAUCUACCAAGGAGUCGAAGAAGAAAUCCGAGCCUGUUGUUGAAGCGCCUCCCCCAGUGGAUAUUGAUGACUCGAUGGAUCCUCCUGAGCUUCCUACUCCUCCGCCGGAAGAGGUCCCCAACAAGGAGCCCAAGUCAACCAAGAAGGAACGUCCAAAGGUUGUUCGGGAUCAGCAAUCUUCUUCUUGGGGUUUUUGGGGCGCUACUCCCGCGAAGAAGACUUCUUCCAAAGACAAGUCUGGCUCGAAGGAUGACGGUACCCCUUCAAAGGCAUCAGAACGACCUGCUGGGUUGUCACGAUCAAAAUCGGCCCGCAAAGCUGGUGACAAGGAUCCCUUGGAGAAGUCGAGCAAGUCUUCGGGUUCGGACAAGGACCGCAAGGAAUCAAAGUCGAGGCCAAGCACUUCACGCGGCUUUUCGCUGUUUGGUGGAGCACCAACGCCGUCGCGAUCCAAGUCUACACGGGAGAAAUCGUCCGGGGUGAAGUCUAGUUCAAGGCGUCAUUCUACGGCUGUCGAGGACUCCGGGCUCAUCUCACCCCCGCCGGACAUCUCAGACAAGGCUGCUAAGGUCCUUGGUCGCUCCAAGUCCACUCGCGAGAAGGCCACUCGCAAGAUUCCAGAUCCCUAUCCAAUCGACUCCGACGAUAUGAUUGUUGUAGAUGCCGAUGUUCCCGAAGAUUCUGCCAAGGAUAUUGAUGACCGCAGAGACCGCAAGAAAUCUAGCAAGUCGAAGCGUCAAAGUACACGGAUGUCUGGUGCUCUUGGAGAUUUUGACGAGGACAUGGUGGAUGCACCAAGAGGUUCCGACGAGGCCAAGUUGUUCUCUGGGCCAGAGGAUCUACAAUUCGUGGAGAAACCUACACCACCUAGACGAACUUCUACCGCGAAAAAGCGUGGUCUCAUGGGAGGUCUACUCGGCGCUUUCGGAGGCGGCUCUGCAAGGCCAACGCCAGAACGAAGGCAGAGCAAGUAUGACCCUGACGCUGCCGGCUCACGACGUAAGAGAGACUCCGUCUACGACGACGACUACUCGAAGCGUCUGCGACGAGAAGACCACAAAGUCGGCCGCUCGUCACGCAAAGCAUCAGAUGGCGAUGGCUUGACUGACGCUGCACCCCAGACUGAUAUUGAUGAGGAUCGCGAGCGGCGUCGCCGUGAACGUCGGGAGAGACGUGAGCGGGAGGCUGCUGAAGAAGCGGAUCGAGCGGCCAGACAUAAAGAAAGGGAGGAUCGUCGUCGUGCUCAAGCUAGAGAAGAAGAAGAUCGACUUGCAAGGGAAGACGAGGAGCGGCGACAGCGACGGCGCGAUGAGCGACGGGCUCGCAGGGAAGAAGAAGAAAGACAGCUGCGUGACGAGGAAAGGGCGCGCGAAGAACGUCGUGAACGUCGCAGGGAGAAGGAAGCCGCUGCUGCGCGACCUGUGGCUUCAGAUCGCCGACGCUCAUACAUGGACAAUCCUGACGAUGAAGAAGCUCGUCGUAUUCGAAGAGAAGAGCGCCGUAUGCGCCGUUCGGUAGACGUGGGCGCAGGUGGAGGAGACAAAGAUCGGCCACGUCCAUCGCGUCGUCGUUCUGACUAUCCAGUCGCGGAAGACUACUUUGGCACUACGUCCAGAGACCGGCGGCGAUAAGACACGUUCGUGGGUCGAUAGCAUCAACGAUGAACCGCCGCCACCACCUCCUGUCGAGGGAACGAUUGUGGACGCACCUAUGCACUUUGCAGCGGAUCAGACGCCAGAUAGGUACGAAGAUGAACUUCCUGGCACCGCGCGAGAGUAUCGAAAUCGCAAGCGACGAGACGUCGAGGAUGAAGAAGAUGACAUGAGAAGGCGUAGACGCAGGGAAAGAAGGGAGGCUGAAGGUGUCAAGUCUAGCGACGGAUCCUCGCACGACCGUCGGCGAACCUUGGCCUCUGGCGCAAGUGGCUAUGGAGACAUGGGAAGAGCUUACGAUGCAAGACCUGCAAUGCCAGAACGCAGGGCCAGCAAAGGCGGGAGCUGGCUGAAGAAGAUGGCAGGACUGUGAGGUGCAUUUGAUGUGGCAAUCUACAUUCAGCGGAUCUGGAUCGAUGUGCAUUCGAUUGGAGUUUUGGGAUGGUCUGGUUUAUUCUUUCGGAAAUGAUACCCUUCUCGCAAGCUUGUGGCUGUAGGAAUGCAUUGAUUGCAGGACAGCCACCGAUGAUCAACGAUGAUAUUUAUAGUAGCAUAGCUAUACUGAAGCAUACCUAUUCGCGCCGCAGGUCUUCUGGCCAACU